AUGUUGAUAUUUUAUAUUGUUUUUUUGCAAUAUGGCCUAACUUGCAUUUGCAAAGAUGAGCAUCCAUUAGAACAUAUUCAAGAUCAGAUGUAUGACAAUUCCGAAUAUCAUUUCGGUGAUUGUAGUAGUCAUAAAGAGGCAGAAAACGAACUCGAGUUCAAUGAUAAUGAGGCAGAUUAUAAUAUAGACGAUGAUAGCAUUUAUUUUCAGAAAGUGGAUCAUCUUAUAGACAAUGCAGAACAUUCUCACGUUACACAUGAUUAUGUUUUGUCUGGUGGAUCAUCUUAUUGGAUUCCUGUUGUUUCCGACCACAUCAAACCUAAAAUCAAUUCAAAUUUUGAUUCAUACAGAGCAGCAUUAUCAAUGUACUACAAUUACGCAUCAUUAGCAGACUUUGAUGUCAGACUUGGACCUAUUAGAACCACCGAAUCCGACAUUAUAACACAACGACAGUUGCUAUACAAUCGGGUAGGUAAACCAAGAAAAGCUAAAGUGGAUACUUUAGACCCUCAAAAUAAUAAGAUUCAGAGAAGGAAAGACUCAUUUAGGUGCGAAUGCAAAGCCAAAAUUGUUUUUAUUCUAGUACAUGGUACUAAUAAAUAUAUUGUUGCUCAAUUUAUCGAACAACACAAUCAUAAGUUGUUUGGUAAGGACAAUAUGUUUUUGUCUCGUACAAAGAGGAAACUUGAUUAUUCACAGGAGAUCUUUAUUCAAAAUUUGUCAAAGCAAAAUAUUGGUGCCUCAGGAGCACAUAGAUUGUAUACUGGACUUCAGGGUGGUUCUAACAUCCGCGGUGGGUUCGUUUCUGAUUUCAAGAACAGUACUAGAAAUCUUAAUUCUUACAUAGGUUUCAGGGAUGCAAAAUUCAUUGUAGGGAAGAUGCUGGAAAGGAAAAACAAUAUACCAAGUUUUUCUUUUGAAUUUAAAGUUGUUGAGAAAAAAUUGAAUGCUAUUUUUUGGGCUGACGAAACCUCAAAGUACAACUACAAUGCUUUUGGAGAGGUUGUUUCUCUUGAUGCCACAUUCAGCAUGAAUAAGUAUUCUUACAUUCUGCAAUAUAAUCAUAGGAAAUGUGUGACUUUUGGUGCUAGACUUUUGAGUAGAGAAGAUGGUAGCUCUUACUCUUGGUUGCUUACAACAUUUUUGAAAGCAUUCAAAAAACAACCUACGCUUGUUCUUACAGAUCAAGAUCCAGCUUUAAUCAAGGCUGUUAAUCAAGUGCAGAAAGAGAUUUCUGAUUCCGAAAAAACUUGUUUCCAGAUGAGUGUUACUUCUAAUAAUGGUGUUGACACUAUUAUUAUUUUGGAGAAGCAAAAGAACAUAACAACAAGGAAACCAUCAAGUCCUGUUGUUGUUGACAAAGUUGAGGAAUACUAUUACGAUUCUCUUACAGAGGAUACCUAA